GCAGUAAAUUUAGCCGCCAUUUUGUUUUUCUAUCCGUAUCAGGCUAGACUGUGUAUUUUACGCAGUUUUGAGACGUAAAAAUGCCUGAAGGAGAAAAACCCGUGAUACCCCCUCCUCCAGCUAUACAUAUUGAACGGACCUUAGCGUUAAUUAAGCCAGAUGCUAUUCACAAGAGCGAUGAGAUCGAAGAAAUAAUUCUUCAACAUGGAUUCACGAUUCUACAGAAAAGAAGAGUUCACAUGACACCAGAACAGACAAGUGAUUUUUAUGCUGAACACUAUGGUAAGAUGUUCUUUCCAAGUCUUGUGGCCUACAUGAGCAAUGGACCAAUCUUAGCAAUUGUGUUAGCAAGGCAGUCAGCUAUUUCAUACUGGAGACAGUUGAUUGGACCAACAAACACACAAAAGGCAAGAGAUCAGGCACCAGAAAGUCUAAGAGCAAUCUAUGGUACAGACAGCACUAAAAAUGCUCUUCAUGGAAGUGACAGUUAUUCCAGUGCAGAACGAGAAAUACAUUUCUUUUUUCCUGACAGUAAGUACAAUGUAGAAAGCUAAUUGUCAAGAAUUUUGAAAACAAUUUAAAAAAUACCCAGGUCUUAAAGAUUUACAC